CGGGCCCGGAUCCCCGCCGCCCCGCUCGCUCGCUCGCUGGGCCCGCGCCGCCGCCGCCGCCGCCGCUACCGCUACCGCCGCCGCCGCCGCCGCCAUGGCGGAAGUCCACAGACGUCAGCAUGCUCCGGUUAAAGGAGAAGCCCCCGCGAAAUCCUCCACACACAGACAUGAGGAGGAGCUGGGGAUGGCGCCGGCCGAAACGCUGACGGUGUUCCUGAAGCUGCUGGCCGCCGGCUUCUACGGCGUGAGCUCCUUCCUCAUCGUGGUGGUCAACAAGAGCGUGCUCACCAACUACAGAUUUCCAUCCUCGCUCUGUGUUGGACUUGGCCAGAUGGUGGCCACGGUAGCAGUUCUCUGGGUGGGAAAGGCACUCAGAGUUGUCAAGUUUCCAGACUUUGACAGGAAUGUACCUCGAAAGACGUUUCCACUACCUCUGCUGUAUUUUGGGAACCAAAUCACUGGACUGUUCAGCACAAAGAAACUGAACUUGCCCAUGUUUACAGUUCUGAGACGGUUCUCUAUUCUGUUUACCAUGUUCGCUGAAGGAGCUCUACUCAAGAAGACUUUCUCUUGGGGUAUUAAGAUGACUGUAUUCGCAAUGAUUAUUGGAGCCUUUGUAGCUGCCAGCUCUGACUUGGCAUUUGAUCUGGAAGGAUAUGUUUUUAUUUUGAUCAAUGAUGUCCUGACAGCAGCAAAUGGAGCAUACGUGAAACAGAAGUUAGAUUCGAAAGAGCUGGGAAAGUAUGGGCUUCUCUACUACAAUGCACUGUUCAUGAUCCUACCCACCCUGGCCAUUGCGUAUUUCACAGGAGAUGCACAAAAGGUGGUGGAGUUUGAGGGCUGGGCUGACACCCUGUUCCUGCUGCAGUUCACUCUCUCCUGCAUGAUGGGGUUUGUCUUGAUGUAUGCUACGGUACUCUGUACUCAGUAUAAUUCCGCUCUUACCACAACAAUAGUUGGCUGCAUUAAGAAUAUAUUAAUAACUUAUAUCGGGAUGGUCUUUGGUGGAGAUUAUAUUUUCACAUGGACAAAUUUUAUUGGCCUAAAUAUCAGUAUUGCUGGAAGCCUGGUGUAUUCUUACAUCACUUUCACCGAAGAGCAGCUGAGCAAACAGUCAGAGGCCAGUAACAAGCUGGACACUAAGGGGAAAGGAGCAGUUUGACCCAAUGGCACCAGCUCCACGGACCCUGAAGACACUGAGGCGUCCUAAUUGUGGGGAGUAAUACUCCUUUGCAAUUGUACGACCCUAGGGUUGAUUGCUGCCUUUGAAAAUGUAUUGACUGUAUGUUAACUAUGUUUGAAUUAAUUUAUAUCAGACUGGAAAAUGUACUGGGUGGGUUUUAAUUUAUUUUUCUUCUUUGACAGUGAAGCAUCAGUGUUUUGAAAUCUUUUACUCUGUUGCUAUCCAGGUGACUCUGACAGUAUAUACAAUGUGUUCCAGCUAGAGCUGCCUUUCAGCGGGCUGCCUCUGCAGAUAGUGCAGCUGGAAAUGCGGCUGAGGAUCUGACAUUUUUUUCCUCCUUUCUCUCUCUCUCCUUCUUCCUACUUUUCCUCCUCCUUUUUUAUUGCAUUGUCUUCAUAGUAUCACCUUAUUUGCCAAAGGUGAUGGCUUUGGCACUAAAGGCCCCAUGAGGCUAGAUUGUGUGGGGUGAGCAGAGCGUGCCUUGGAAUGUCUGAUUCUUUUUUAUUCAGUAGGAGACAAGCAAGGGUGGAGGAAGCUGGCCAUUUACUCAGUUAUUCAUUCAAGUAUAAUGCAUUGAAUGUACCUGUUGGCCAUUGUGCUGAGUGCUGGGAUAUAGAGAUGAGUUGUUGGUGGUUGAAACACCCAUCCCUGCCAUAGACUGAAUGUAAGAUGGAGAACUUGAUUCUCUGUCCAACUGGAAAACUCUGGGAAUGUGUGCCAGUUACUUCAGCCCUCUGGAACUAAUGUGUGCCAGUUACUUCAGCCCUCUAAUCCCAUAGAAACACCUGCCCUUCUUCCCCACAGCCAUGAGUCCAGAGCCCACAAUAAGAGAUCAAAGAGCUCCAGUCUUGAAGCCAGCACAGCAGUGGCUCAGCCUGGCCCUUCUCUCAGUGGGACAGAUAGUCAAAGUGGCUACCAUGUUCCUCCCCAUGCCUUCAUCAUGUGGAUGUAGUUGUUAUUCUUUGUAUUCUUGUUUGCAGGUCCCCAUGACAAGGCAGGGGCCCACAUUAACUGACUAGUGUGAGGGAAGAGCUAGGCAGGUGUCUUUGUGUUGUUGGGACUUGGUCUUUCCUUGGCAAACUCUAGUCCCUUCUCCCUUAAAUGAUGUGAGGUCAGCUCUCAUCUGCAGCUGCACCCUCCUGCUGUGCUUCCUCAUUCUGAGAGAAGCGCUGAAUGGAUACUGCCUGACCUGCCUGACCUGUUUGCCAAGGCUGGGUGGCAUGGCUCAAGAGACAUCACUGGCUUUGGAAGUGGGUGUGUUUUCUUGGGCCAGCAGUCAAUUGCUAGGGGCAGGACACUCACCUGUGUCUUGUUCCUGGUGAGCAGCUGACUCCUGGCCUAAACAGCUUGUAUUUUUGUGUCUCAAUGGUGAAUAGGAAAGUUUUGAUUUUUUUCCCCCUUAUAUUUGAAAUUUUUUAUCUGGAGGCUCCAUCUUGCAUAUAAAUUUUUUAAGAAUGCACAUCUGCAAGUUUUCUGUAAUCUUGUAUCAGAAAUCUGUGGAAGGUUUUAGUCCAUAAAGCUGAGGCUGGCUCUCCACAGUGUUUUUCUUUAUUGGUUGCUUCACAGGUCCACAGGGGUGCUAGGUCUGGGCACCUUUGCUAUCCUUACUGGGGGCUUAUAGUGAGUAAAGACAUAGCGACCAGCACUUUAUUAAGCCUGCAGACAAAUAGGACAUAGUCUGUAACUCUCAUGUGUAUACUUGUUCAGCCCGAGGUCUGAGAUUACCUGAAAGGACACAAAUGAAUAGAAUAAGACCUGCCUGCAGUUUUGAGUGCCACUGAUUUUAGCCCAGCCUGAAAGAACUAGGUUCCAUUUCAGAGGACAUGGACCCUAGAUCAUCUUUUAGCUCUGAUGAGCCAUGCAAGUCUUAGAACUGCCUACCUGAGUCCUCCUCUGACGUGGAUGCUCUUUUUUCCCACAUCUGUGCGUUGCUGGUUUCUCCCAUGAACAGGCUAUAAUGGACUUUUCCUUCCCUGGGGAAAAAUACGGAGAAAGUGCAGUGCCCACUGCAUUCGGCACACAGCAGAAGCAGGCCUGUUGUCCUCUCAUGGCGGACUGUGCUCUUUCAGUGCUGGCCAGAUAGGGCACACACAUGCUUCUGGAGCACAGGCUUCCACCUGCAGAUGCUGAGGCCAUAGUCUCUGUCCCCGAUCUUUUUGAAAACAAAACAAAAAUAGUCUCCGUAUAAUUAUAGCCACUGUGAGUUUGCUUUUCUAAAAGGAAAUUAUUUUCAUUAUUAUGAAGACACAUUUGAAAAGGGAAAACUAUGUUAACUAUGUUCCACCUCAGUGGGAGACAGCUGCAUUUCAGAAUGGUGGCUCAAUGGAGACUCAGCUGUCAGCCUAAGGUGGCUCCCAGGCCUUCCUCACUCACCUCGGAGCUAAACACCCUGGACUCCAUCCAGUCUCUGACACCAUCGCUUUCCUAAGCCUGCUUUCUACUCCUACUGACCACCUGUGGGAUGGAGAGAUACUCUAGUGGUUUUUUAAACUUUAUUUUGAAAAUAUUUUUUUAAAAAAGAAAUCUACUGGUUAGAUUUUAUUGUCUCACAGAAAUGUUUUUAGAGAUUAUUUUGUUCACAUUUCCUUUCUCAUGCUGUUGACUGACCUAUGCCUACAGGCGUUCACCUCUCACAAUGUCUUUUUCAAUAUAGAUUUUCCUUACCAACUUACUGUUUUUAAGAGGUACUGAGCAUUGAGGUAUGUAAAUCAGGUGACAUAAACAGGAAAAAUCAUGUGCCUAAAUAUUUUUUUAAUGAUGUCAAAUAAAUACUUUUUCUGGAAAA